ACGCGCAGCAAGGUCAUGUCCGCCCACCACCAUGUCCUCCGCUGGCACCGCUGCUCGCUCCGCCAUGGCCACGGCCACGUCCCCUGUUGCUACUGCAUUCCGCACGCCCAAGGCCGCCGCCGCCCGAAGCCAUUCGCGCGCCCACGCUCCUCUGCACCCAUCGCUCCCACUGUCGCCCGCCCUGUCCAGCUCGCCCGGUGAUGAGGUUACGCCCGGGAUCGACCCGGCCGUGCCACAGCAACUUGGUUUUCUCGGCCUCAUCCGCACACUCAAGGAAAUACGGCGUGGGGUUUGGAAGCACCCAUCGCCGAGCUGGGCAAAGUACCGCCUGUCGGUCUACUAGUACCGUGAGCUGCUGGACCGAAUUGAGAAGGACGGCGACGGUGACCUUGCGAGGUGGUUUAAGUAUACGGUCCUGCUCAACAGCGCCGAAGUCCGCUUGAACAUUGAGGAAGACGACACCGACACUGACGAGCUUAGUCUCGAUGCCGACUUGCCGACGACUCCCUCCUCGGCGUCUUCUAUCUCACUCUCGCGCAAAGACAAAAGAUAUCCAGACGUGCAGUACUA